AACAAAGACAGAAGCAUUUAAUGAAGUAAUGAACAUGGAAAUACUUUGGCAUGCACCCUCCAUUUCAAAAGCACUGUGAUAAUGGUAACAGUAGGCUGCCUUUCCUGUGGCGUUUAUUAACUGCCAAAAAUUCACAACAGUAGGAGGAGGAAAGCAGCUUUUUUGGUACUAAAGCCAGAUAAUUCAAGAUGGAAUUAGGAGAACACAGAAUGAGAAGCCUGACUGCUCCAGUUCAGGUCUCAGCCAAUGCGGAAUCUGCAUCCAACCAAGUCCUCCCAGUAAUUGUGGGAUCUGGCAACACCAUCCAAAUCCCAGUCACCAUUAAUGUAUCCCAGACGGAUGUGACUUUACAAAGAGAGGAAUCCAUUUACCAGCUGAAGUCUCUUCAUCAAAAAAUGCUACUGAAAUCAUGUUCUCAUUUACAUGACUAUGGAUCUCACCCUGAGGCUAUUAAGCCUUCUACCAGUACCCACUUUACAGAACCAUGGAUGACAAAAGGAGAAAUGGGGCCAGCUGUACAUGAACAUGAUAUGAUAGAGGCAGAGUCAGCAGCUCGACAAUGGGAUGAGGUGUAUAAAUGUAAGACAGUUCAGCUGACAAGCAUUUUCCAGACUUUUCCUCAGGAGAGCUAUGCUCCACGGGUAAUUGUUACCAAAGGCAUUGCAGGAAUUGGGAAAACUGCAUGCAUCCAGUGGUUACUUUACAACUGGGCCACAGGCAACUGCUUAUCCCAGUAUGACUUUGUAUUUCCUCUUCCCUUCCGGGAGCUCAGCUUGUUACCAGAUGGUCAGAAAUAUACCUUGAUAGAUCUGCUUAACCACUAUUACCCCCACCUGAAUUUUGAAAAGCUUUUAUCUUCUUCACCCAAACUUCUCUUAAUUUUUGAUGGGCUAGAUGAAUGUCAGCUGAUGUUGAAUUUCUCAUCUUGCUCCGAAUGCAGAUCAGUUUCAGAACCAAUAACACCCACUAGUCACAUUAUCAAUCUUGUUCGAGGAAAUCUCCUGCCAACUGCUUCCGUAUGGAUAACCAGUAGGCCAGUGGCUGUAAACUGUAUUCCGCUGUCUCAUGUGGAUAUUGUCACUGAAAUCCAGGGGUUUCUAGACUGUCACAAAGAAACGUAUUUCUGUAAAAGACUUGGGAAAAAUGGGCUUCAAGUUAUUUCCCAUCUGAAAAAAUAUACAGUACUUUAUGCCAUGUGUUAUAUUCCUGCUUUCUGCUGGCUUCUGGCCACCAUUUAUGAGCGUUCACCAUUGCUUAUGCAAGAAAAAUAUAUGCCUCAAAGCCUAACUGAAAUUUACACAAACUUUCUCUUAGUUGCUGUGGCCUACCAGCAUCAUCGUAGUAAUGGAAAAAGACGUUCAAUGAAUGAUGCAAAUGCUUUGUUACGAGUCAACAAGGGAGUCAUCACAAAUCUGGCCAGGAUGGCAUACUAUGGGUUGAAGUCUCAAAAGUUGGUAUUUUUUGAACAGGACUUGAAAAACUACCACUUAAACAUCCCAGAAAUUUAUGAAGGACUGAUCAGGGAGUUCGUAGUUGAAGACUAUGGCCCUUUCUGUAAAAAAGCCUAUGCAUUUGUUCACUUGACUAUUCAAGAAUAUUUGGCUGCCUUAUUUGUCAUUAUCUCUUGUUCUAGUCCCAAGCAGGCUAUUACAUUGGUUCUCCAGCCAAAUUAUUGUUUCGGUAAUUCUAAUUCCCCAAGUUUAUUUGUAGCUUUUAAAGAGUUCUGUCAAGAGGCAAUCAAAAGUCCUAAUGGCCAUCUUGAUUUUUUCCUUCGCUUUCUCUGUGGCCUUGGAAGAGAAAUCAAUUAUGAUUUGGUUCAAGGGCUUAUAGAAACCCCAGAAGACAACUCUGAAGUUGCUUAUUUGAUGGCAGACUACAUUGGAAAACUCCUGAAGAAAAAUGUGUCUCCUGAGCGAUGUCUAAAUCUGCUGCAUUGUCUGAGUGAACUGAAGGCUAACUCUCUAGCAGAAGAGAUCAAGAAUUCCAUGGGCACUGGUGCUUUGUCCUUUGGCACACUAUCCUUGGCUGAGUAUUCGGCUCUUGCUUUUGUUCUACAGACAUCCGGAGGUAGUCUGGAUAAGUUUGUACUUAAUCAAUACAUCUCUGCACCUGAUGGUGUUAAAAGACUUUCUCCAGUUGCUAAGCUUCACAGAAAAUUAUGCAGGUUUGAAAAAAGCAUCCUAAAUGAAGAAACGGGCAAUUGUGUGAAGUAUAUUCUGAGCUCUUACAAAAGUCAAGUUAAAGAAAUAAGGUUCAGAAUCCUGAACGUGAAAGACUCAGGGUGGAUGAAGUUGUGUGAAGCACUGGCAAGUCCUCACUGUAAAGUGGAAACUGUCAUGGAUGGCACCAGUUUUUACAACACAUUGUCCCUGUCACUGCACUGGGUAAUAAGGAUCCACAAAAAGAGCACAGGGAUAAGGAACUGUCGUCUUAAGGCUCAUCACUAUGAAGAACUUGGCAAGAUCCUUGUUCAAAACCAUCAUAUAACAGAACUGGAUUUGUGUUACAACGACGGAGGUGAUGAAGGAGUAAAACUGUUGUCCAUUGGGCUGCUUGGUAACAGUUGUAACAUCAGAACAUUGAGGUUCAACAGAAAUAGUCUUACUGAUCAGUGCUGUCAAGAUCUUGCAGUAAUUGUUUACAGCAGUCAGUCAUUGGCAGAGUUAUAUCUUCAUGGUAACAAACUGGGAGAUUCUGGGAUAAAACUGCUCUGCACUGGACUACGAAAUGACAAAUGCCAAUUAGAAAAACUUAGUCUCUUCCAAUGUGGACUGACCUCCAACUGUUGUGCUGACCUUGCUGAAACCUUGUACACAAUGCGCAAUCUAAGGAAGCUGGCACUUCGUGGGAAUAAACUGCAAAAUAAUGGAGUAAGGCAACUGUGUGGUCCACUCCAGAGACCGGACUGCACCAUACAGCACCUGGAACUAGAAGGCUGUGGGCUGUUCUAUGAAUGCUGUGAAGAUCUUGCUACUGUCUUGGAAAUGAGCAAAUCCUUGAAAAAUCUGAGCUUGGACUGGAAUGAACUGGGCGAUACUGGGGGAAGGCUUCUGUGUCGAGGGCUGUUGUCACCCACUUGCAUAUUACAAAGUCUAGAGUUGGAAGGUUGUGGACUAACUGAAGAGUGCUGCCAUGAUUUAGCAUUGGCCCUGUCAUCGAACAAAUCACUUCUGUCACUAAACCUGAGUGAGAAUGAACUGGAAGACAACGGAGUGGCACUUCUGUGUGCUGGCCUAAAACAUCCAAACUGCCAAUUGCAGCGUCUGAUAUUACAGAAUAAUGGUCUGACAGGAAGCUGCUGUAAAGAUCUGAAGGAAUCACUCAGUGAUCACUCCCAUCUGACCUUGCUGGACCUGUCUAAAAAUUACUUAAAUGACCUCUCCAUUGCUGACCUACAGGAGGCUGCUGCAAGAUGUCCACAUCAUUGCACAAUAGAGCUACGAUGGAAUAAAUUCAGUUCUCAGGGGAGCAUCAAAUUAAAAGCAAUGGAAAAUCAGUGUGACGGCUUGAAAGUAAUACUGAACACAUAACCCUUUAUCAUUUGGCGUGUGUAAUACUGCAUUUCCAAACUAAGCAAAGUGGUUUGGGAUGGAGUUGCCAUGAAAUGCACCAAAGAAUUCAAGGAUCCAUUGAUUUAACAGAAACACGUUAAAGAGACUGAAACCCAGCAAGAGACUGGCAUCCUAUCCAGGUUACUCUCUGCAUGGUGCACAGUGAUGACAGGAUUGGCUUCAGCUACUUUCAAUAAAAAUGUUUGUUCAAAAACCUUAUGAACAAACAUGACAUAUUAGCAACUUAAAAUAUGUCUCACUAUCAAACAAGAUCCAGAAAAUGAUUUUUUUCAGUGUUAUGAAUAUAGAAAUUUCUCAUUGAGGUAGGAUUUGUAUGUGCUGUGUGUGCUUUCUGGUCUCUACUUCAGGCUGCUGCUGCAUCAAGCUGUUUUUUUAGAAAACCUAAGCUUGCAGGAGGCCGAAAAUUAGAAGGAAAUAUCUUAUUGACUCUUGAGAAGGUUUUGAACCACAGGAAAUUCUAACAAGGGCUGGCUUUCCUAUUGCAUUUAUAAUCCAUAUUAUUUUUGAUACAUUUGGAAACAAAGACUCUGGCAAUGCAAACAAAAAAAAAGGAAGCAGACAUUAAAACAUCUAAAUGGAUUAUGUGAAUUUAUGCUUUGUUCUCUGCCAGUGUAUGAAGUAAAAGCAGUUCCUGUAAAUUUGGAAAGGAUUGCGGUUUUCCAUUCAUCAUUACAUUUAAUAUUCUCAACCGCAAGGAAGGGAGUUGCCCUGUAAAGACAUGAAUGGGUGUUACUCACCAGUGUUAAAAUCCAACAUGUGAUUAAUAAAAAAAUGUAAUGUAACUCAUUCUCCAUUAAAUGUUGCUUUAAAAUGUUGCCGAUUGUUCUAAUGUUCUAAGAGAUCCAGACAGGAGUCACAUUCUUAUUUGGACAAAUACAGAGAAUUUCCUGAACUAUGUCUUGUAGCCUGCUCUUGAACUCAUGUAUUCCUCACUGACACCUCAAUGACAUAUCAGAAUGCUAAGCUAAAGGACCUCCUGACAAGCUGAAGAAGCAGCUCAUGGUGUACAAGUGUACAGCAGAUUACUCAUCCACGGCCUACAGAUUUAAUCAACUACCUGCAAGCCUGCUUUUGAAUUCUUGUGACUGCUUCCUCAAACCAAUACAAAAUACUCACAAGUAUAAAUAUAAUCCAGAAGGAAAUAUAUAUUUUAUUAGUGCAACUUCACAGCAUAAGCCUGGUGCUUUACCUCUGCCUUUUCAUUAAAUUCCACCCCUCUGCCAUAACAUUAUUUAAACUUAGUAAUCUAAUGAAACACCUCUCUUGAUUAGGCUGUAAGAAAUUAAAUCAGUCAGUCAGUCAUUUUCCAACCCGCAAUAUCCUAACACAGGGUCACGGGGGUCUGCUGUAGCCAAUCCCAGCCAGUACAGGGCGCAAGGCAGGAACAAACCCUGGGCAGGACGCUAGCCGACCACAGGAAAUGAAAUCAUUCACAAAGAAAACUAUUCAGCAGUAGGUGCAUUUAUUUUGCACCAUUAUUAAAAUGAUAAAAAAAAAUACUCAAGGAAAAAAAACAUUUUGGAACAUAGCCCCAAGGUAAUAUUGAUUUAGGUAAUUUAACAAUAUUAUCAGGGGUGGAUUCAGCUGAGAAUGUUGGCGAGUCCAGGAGAUAAAUAAAGGUUUGUUUUGUUAAUAAGAAUAGGGUUCCUGAAAUAUUAAAUGAACAUUCACAUACAAUUCUGUAUCUCCAAUAAUUUGAUAGUACAUAAAGUGGAUGAAGACACUUUUGACAGUAUUGCCUACAAUUAACCUAUCAAACGGGAUUUAAAAAAACAAACAAAAAAAUGGCAGUAUUAGAAGAAUAUUCACGCUGGAAGUUAACAGGAUUGAAAAUGAAGUAUUGUGUGGCAGACAUCAGAGAAGAAAGAACAUAUUAAACUGCUUUCAGACACCAUUAAAAUGAAUGGCACCAUUAAUAUUAGGAGUGCAUCAAGGAGUCAUCAUCAUUACCACUUUAUCUGCCAUUUUCUGGAUUUACAAAUGUUACCUAGUCAAGCCACCACUGAAAAUCUUCUCUUCAGUCUCUGUGGUUCCAGGCAUCAUUUGAGGUGAGACCCAUUCCUUUUAUAUCACCUGACGUCACCUCCAAACAAGUCUUUGUUGGCCUCCCUUUCGGCUUUUUCCUCUCCACUUUCAUCUUGAUGCACCUCUUCACACAAUCAUUCUUGUUUUUUUGCUCCAUGUGCCCAAACCAACACCUAAUCAAGUUGUUAUCUUAAGUCAAUAAUCAUCUUUCUCUCACUCUGUGACACUCCAUUCACCCACCUUCUCGUUCUCUUUUGUGUUCUUUCCAGCUUUGCCCUGUGUUUUCCUUUCAUCAGACAUGUCUCACUCCCACUACUCCACCUCACAUGGCUUUUAUAAACUUUAUCCAAGGACUCUUUCAGAAGUCAAAAUGAGGGUUCCACGUUUCACUAAACUCUGAACCCUCAAUAUUCUUGGGUACCAAAGCUAAAGCCCCUAUGGACUUCCCUCAACCAUCAGCAAUGGCUCUAAAGUGGCCAUCUAGACACCAUUACAAUCACCCUCUACUGAGACGCCCUGGACAUCACCUCCAUCAAAUUGUUCCAAACCUCAUCUUUCUUUGCAACACUUUUUCCAACCUGUGGGUCAUAUGCCAAGACUGUAUUCAUAAGAUAUACUUCAUCAGUCAUUUAACAUCAAUCACCUUAACAAACAGAUCAUAGAGUAUUAGUUUCUAUAUGUUCUAGCAUAGAUAUUGUAAUGUCUAACAGAAGAAGGCACUUUUGUGGAAGCCCUGCCAACCUAAAAUGAUGCCAAAGACACCAAAGUAUCCAAAAUGGCAUGUUUAUUACAAAAUAACACACAAAGAAGAAUGGGUAAUAGAAUAAGCAAAAUAUAAAGGUAAAUAAUCAAACAGUAAACGUGUCUGCUAGGCAAGUAAGUGUUUCCACUAUAGCACCACACAUAAGAGCCAGGCCUCUCUUCCUCCCACAGUUAAUCCUUUGGCUCAACACAGCAAACCCAAUACCACCAACCCAAAGGACUAAGCCUACUUCUGGCCUGAGGCGGCUUUAAACCUCCUUCUGUGGCCAUUUACUGCUAAGCCUGGAAUGGCUUCUUCAGAAGUACGUCUAUAAAUCCUUGAGGCAACUAAACCAACAGUGCCAUGUGGUUCUGCAAACUAUGAAUGGCUAGAUCUCUUAUGUCAUUUCUGGAAUGUCUCAUGGCAGCCACACAGUCCCAUAUAUUCAGACUCACCAUGUACUGUCGCUUAAUAUGCUGAAGCAAAACAGCCAGCCUCACAGAUUUAAACUUUUAAAGGGCAACAUGCUUCUACUCAAGUCAAGACCCAUACUGCCCUCUAUGGAUAACAAGAUGUAUUGAUAUCCUGUAAAGUCUCCUUAACUUUAUUCCUUCUCUUGACAGGAUGACUAUGCCUAUUGUACUCCAAGGGUAUCCAGUCUACUUAUGGAUGUUUUUAUCUGGCAUAACAGUGUGUUUUAACUUAUUACACAAAACAAGUAUAUUUUCAUUAUGGCAUAAAGCAAAUUGAACUUAAAGAAUGAGUUUACAUGUUUUUUAAAUGGGACUAACUCUUGCAGAAUUUAGGAGGGUUGUAACAGUUAGGCUUGCCUGAAAUAAUUAAAAUUGAUUGGAUAUUUCAUAAAAGAAAUGCUGAGAGGUACUGUAUAUACAUGAAAAUGACAACAUUCAUAAAAGAAUGAAUGAAAGCACAAGAUUACCAUUUUGUCUGUGCCUGUUGAAUAUAUUGACCUACGUUGAGACCAUAUGCUUAGUAUCUCGAUUUGCAUUUUUCCUUCCUCUCUCAACAUAGAAAUACCAGAGUGAGAGCUCUUACACUUUAUUAUUAAGAACUGUGUGUUUCUUAAUAAAAAAAAUA